AUGGGCCGGUAUUGGAAUCAAUUCCGAUUCCUCCCCUCCUUAUUCUCUUCAGCCGUUGGCCGCGCAGGUUCCUGUCUGCGACUGAGAAAGCACAGGCCGCAGUCAUGUCCGACGCCGUUCAUCCCCGUCCCUUAUUACGUGCCUACGAUCGCUCUGCCGGCGCCCCUACCAUCGAUCGUUGAGAUCGAGGCCUCGACAGAAAUUUUGAGGGAGCGGUCAACUGUAAAGGUUGUUGCGAUUGGCUCGCACUAUGUCGUCAAGUACGGGGAGACGCUCAACUUGGAGGAAGGCCGCAUGAUGGUGUUCAUUGCCCAGCAUACGCAGAUCCCGGUUCCGCGGGUAUAUGCCCUAUUCCGGGAUGGCAAAGACAGGUCGUUCAUUGUCAUGGAACGAAUCCAUGGACAGACCUUGAAAGAAACCUGGCAUACCUUCACUGAUCACAAGAAGCAGCUGAUUGUCACGCAACUAAGGCAUUGUAUAAGACAAUUACGCAAAGUCGGAUCGCCCGGGGGCUAUUGUGGUCUCGACCAAAAACCUCUUCUUGACGACAUCUUUUGGACUCCCGAACAAGACUGCAACGGCCCGUUUGACACGGAAGCGGAUCUGAAUGCUGCAAUAGUCAGGAAAUGUCGCACAUCGGAGGCAUUGAAGCACAAGGCGGAGUUUUAUAACCUUGUUUUCCCGGAGGUCUUGGUCGGCCACCAACCAGUCCUGACACAUGGGGAUAUUCAAAAGAAAAACAUUAUGAUCCGCAGGGGGGACGAAACCCAAGUGGUCAUUCUGGACUGGGAGGUUGCGGGCUGGUACCCGACCUACUGGGAAUACGCGUCGACCAUAUUCGCUGCAUGGUUCGAGGACGACUGGUAUCGAUGGAUCCCUCAGUUCCUGGAGACGUUUCCAAACGAAUACGCAUGGUACGCUAUGGUGGCUCAAGAGAUUGGAUAG